CUACUCCGGACGGUCUUGACAAGUCGUCGCCGGCCAACAGUUUGCGGUCACACCUGCCUCAUCUUCCCGAUAUCGCAUUGAUUUUGGAAGAAAAUCGCGCAUUACCGUGAUCCGCGAGGUGCUGUAACCAAGAUGCUGCACAGAUUCACGGUACUCGCAAUUUUCGCGGUGGCGGCUGUGUCUGCUACAAGUCCGCCGCGAAUAUGGGUAAUGUGCAUCCCUGAGAUAUACUCGAAGGAAUGCGUCAAAAUGAACGAAGAAGCGGAGAGCAAAGGUAUCGCGAUAUCGUGUAUUUCGGGGCGCGACAGAUAUGACUGCAUUGAACGGGUUGGCAGGGAGGAAGCAGACAUUGUCGCAGUAGAUCCUGAAGAUAUGUAUCUCGCGGCGAAAAAUAAGCUAGCUGAAACGGCUAAAUAUAGCGUCGUCGAACAGAUAAGAACAAAAGAAGAACCUGAUGCACUAUAUCGUUACGAAGCGGUAGCCGUUAUUCAUAAGGACCUGAACAUUAACAACGUUCAGGAUUUGAAGGGUCUUAAGUCCUGCCAUACUGGCGUGGGUCGUAAUGUUGGGUACAAAAUUCCCAUCACGAAACUGACUGCGAUGGGCGUGCUGACCGACAUCAACAACCCGGAAUAUUCCGCUCGCGAGAAUGAACUUCGCGCUCUGAGCACGCUCUUCGACAAAGGCUGCCUAGUGGGCAAAUGGUCACCCGAUCCUGCCAUCAAUCAGAGGCUCAAGGAAACAUACAGCAACAUGUGUGCUCUUUGUGAAAAACCAGACGUGUGCGAUUAUCCGGACAUAUACUCCGGAUACGAAGGAGCUCUACGCUGUCUGGCUCAUAAUGGCGGUGACGUCGCCUGGACGAAAGUCAUCUACGUGAAGCGUUUCUUUGGUCUUCCCGUCGGAGUUACACCGGCGAUGCCGACAUCCGAAAACCCGGCUGACUUCCGAUACUUCUGCCCGGACGGCAGUAAAGUGCCAAUCGAUUCAAAUACGAAACCGUGCACGUGGGCCGCCCGACCGUGGCAGGGAUACAUGAUCAACAGAGGUGACACCUUCAAACGGGAUGCUAUCCAAAGAGACUUAACACAACUCAGUCAACUUGGCGAAAAUGAGAAAGCGAAUUGGUGGUCGGAUCUUCUGCUACUCAACGAGAAGACCCUGGCUGUUCCCGCACCACCAGUAUCGCCGGAAGAGCACUUGAUAAGUGCAAAAUACAUGGACGUGAUCGAGAGGAAUUCUGGAGCACCAGAAAGAGAUGCUCGCUGGUGCGUUUGGGAUGAAUAUUCGCUGAAGAAAUGUCGCAGUCUCGCUAGAGCCGCGUUCUCGAGAGACGCUAGACCCAGAUUUGAUUGCAUAUUGGAGAAAGAUGAGACUGCUUGCUUAAAGGCCGUUAGGGACAAUGGAGCAGACAUCACAAUAAUUGACGGUAAAUCGGUAAAACGCGCAAUUAACGAUUACAAUGCGAAACCAAUUGUCGCCGAAACUUAUGGUGAAGGAUCAACAAAACUGAGCGAGCGGCCAGCACUUGCUGUUAUCAAGAGUGGCUCCUCCAUAAAUGGAUUGAGCGAUCUUAGAGACAAGCCGUCUUGUCACAGCGGCUACGUGGGCGAUUACGCUGGCUAUUAUGCACCGGCUCAUACACUCAAGCUUAACGGGCUUAUUAAAGAACUUAAUGAAAUGGAUACCUUCUUUUCUAAGUCUUGUGCUCCCGGCGCGCCACUUAACUCCUUGUCCUGUCAAUUGUGUGUUGGCAAUAUCAAGACCGACGAUGAUCAGGCGAAAGAAGCGACAAAAUGCAAACCUACAAAUGCCGAAUAUUACAACGGCGGAAAAGGAGCGCUUAGAUGUUUAAGGGAUGGUAAAGGAGACGUUGCAUUCUUACCUUUAACAGCUUUGCAACAACUCGAUAACGAGAAAGACGACGCCGGCAAACGCGAAGAUUAUGUCUUGCUCUGCCCGAAUGGCGGUCAGGCGCCCAUCAACGAAUGGGAACGUUGUAACUUAGGAUUGGAGCCACCAAGAAUAAUUGUUAGCUCGGCCGGAAAGAGCCCGAACGCUCUCGAGGAAUUGAAACAUGGCAUUUUGGCUGCGAGUAGCUUGUACUCCAAGAAUCCGGGUCUAUUACGUCUCUUUGGAGCCUGGGGCGAUAAGCCUAAUGUAUUAUUCAAAGAUGACACGAAGGAAUUGGUGUCCAUUGACAACACAUGGGAUAAAUGGGACGCUUGGGCAAAUAUUUAAUAGGGCUAGGUCACUCAUUAAAACUUGAUGAUUAAAAAGAUUCAAUACGACUUGAUAGCUUUGGAUCAUAAUAUGUGAUAUUGCUACCCUGUUGCCGUCGCUGAAAAAUUAUCGCUAUUAAGUCAUAUAUCAAUAACCCGAGAGAACUAUUAGAUAAAUAAAAUACUGUCGAUAACCUUGCUUAUGUUAUUACACACUGACAAGUAGCAUAUUACCGCAGUAGAGAUUACACACUUCAAUGUCACGACCAUCUAUCUUUUAAGGAGUCUUGCCAAGCGUGAACUUGAAUCAAACGCUUGCUUCUUUACACUUUCGAUAAUAAAAAUAUAUUUUUUUCCGA